AUGGGCCCCUAUACCGCCUCCUCAUGCUGCUGCCAGGCCCCUAAUCUGCCAUGGGCCCCUAUACCGCCUCCUCAUGCUGCUGCCAGGCCCCUAAUCUGCCAUGGGCCCCUAUACCGCCCCCUCCUCAUGCUGCUGCCAGGUCCAGAGUCUCUCAUGGGUCCCUGUACGGCCUCCCAUUGCUGCUGUCUCCAUCGCCACACUCUGCCAUGUGCCACUUUCAGGUCUCCUCACACACUGCUGGUGUGUUCAAUUUUUUGACAUAGGGUGCUGGCAGAUUACGGGCCUCCCAUAGCUGCUGCCAGGCCCCUAAUCUGCCAUGGGCCCCUAUACCGCCUCCUCAUGCUGCUGCCAGGUCAGAGUCUCUCAUGGGUCCCUGUACGGCCUCCCAUUGCUGCUGUCUCCAUCGCCACACUCUGCCAUGUGCCACUUUCAGGUCUCCUCACACACACUGCUGGUGUGUUCAAUUUUUUGACAUAGGGUGCUG